AUGGCCCUUAGAACAGUGCGCUUUGAAAAAGAGCUCCAGGAUGUUUUUGGGAAGACAGCACAAAUUUUGGGGACUGAGGAAACGCGCGUCAACCGUGUGGAACAGUUAUUGCUCCAGUUCGAGAACGAAAACCUGCGCCUGCAGCUGGACCAGACCAACCUCAAGCUCAGCAAGGCCUUGAACGCGGAGUCUGAUAUUCGCUAUCGAUUCCAGGCGGCUUGUGCCGAGCUUGACCAUCUUCGGAGUGCCUCGCGCAUCUCAUCUAGCGAGAUAGAAGGCCUUCAGUGUAAGCUUGCUUCCUUAGCCAGCGCCAGCUCCGACUCUCAAAAGGUUGUUGCGGACAACAUCCGUCUCUCAAAGGAUCUCACUGCCAUACAAUCAGAGGUGGAAGCGCUCCGGGCCCAGGAGACUUGUUCUCGUAUCCCAUUGACGGAAAAACAUGAUCUGGAGCGUCAAUUGAAAUCGCUCGAGUUGAGCAUGGCCAACGAAAGAAAUAUCCAUGAACACACGUUAGCCCGAGAAUCGCAGCAAGCCAAAGAGAUAGCGGCACUCAACGCACGUCUAGAAGAACAAAGUCGAAGAAUUGCAGAAGAGGUGCAGGCGCGGAAUUUCCGCGAACAGGAGAUCCGUCAACAGAGUCUCGAAUGGACGGCCCAACGGAUUUCCCUAGAGAGAAGAUUAGAGACUCUAAACCAAACAUCACACUCGACUAAUGACGUUCCCCAGGUAGGCUCAAAUGACAAACAGUGGGCGCAUGGAAACUCGAAUGACACGGAGCCUCGUAACCCUAUUCGCCGAACCCACCCCAAAACUCAACAGUCCGCUUCAAGGUUUAACGCGGAGCUAACUAUUGCAACGCCCGGGGCAAUUCACGCCCGGGAGAGGAAAAAGAAAUCGUCGGCACUACCCGGUGACAAGUCUUCGUUUUCAAUAACGCCUUUUCUAAACCGUACAGGCGGGCUCCCAGACUCUCCCAUUAGCUCUGAUGGCACAGACGAGCUUCAUACAAGCCAGGCCCUCUCUAAGGCUAGCCCGACCAACAACAACAAUAACUCUCAAUCUAAGCAUCAGCCAACGUUGGCGGGUAAAUCAGUUCCCCGACUCGCGCAAAGACAACCAUUUGAACCACCGGCGUCGAUCAUCAACACCAAACCGAAAGCCAUCCAGAAGCCGUCAAACAGAUUAGACACUGAGGGCUCUGCUGACGGAACUUCUACACUGGUCACCCACUUGACUACCCACGCACAAUCUAGGCCAAAGAAACGUAAACUAGGUGCACAGCGCGAGAAGAACCUAUUCGAUGGGGAGGACGAAGACGAUGAGCUACAAGACAUCAAAAAACCGGGCCGCAAGCUUGCUCCCGGUAGCAACACCAGCCGAAAUACUGGCCUUGAUCUUGGGCCAUUGUCUGUUUCGACUGGCAGCCACCUGUCGAGAAACCGAGACCUUGGUGCAUUGUCAGACUUCUCGCCCCUGAAACGCGAUAAAAGACGACAGUGA